GGAGGGCGCGGGAGGUCGGGCGCUGGAAGAAGGACCGCGGGGGGCGGCUGCCGUGUCCACCGUGGCUGCGGAAAAUGGUGUUCGAGUCGGUGGUCGUAGACGUGUUGAACCGGUUCUUGGGGGACUAUGUGGUGAACCUGGAUACGUCCCAGCUCACUCUGGGCAUCUGGGGAGGAGCUGUGGCCUUGAAGAAUCUUGAAAUUAAAGAAAAUGCUCUGAGUCAACUGGAUGUACCUUUCAAAGUUAAAGUUGGUCAUAUAGGUAAUCUCAAUCUUACAAUUCCGUGGAAAAACCUGUAUACUCAACCAGUUGAAGCUUUUCUGGGAGACAUUUAUUUACUCAUAGUGCCUUCUUCUAAAAUAAAAUAUGAUCCUUUAAAAGAAGAAAAACAACUCUUGGAAGCAAAACAACAUGAACUUAAACGAAUAGAAGAAGCAAAACAAAAAGUAGCUGAUCAAGACAAACUUCGGGUGGAAAAACAGGACACUUUUACAGAAAAAUUAAUUACUCAGAUCAUAAAAAAUCUUCAAGUGAAAAUUUCCAACAUCCAUAUUCGUUACGAGGAUGAUAUCACAAAUCGAGACAACCCGCUGUCAUUCGGUAUUUCCCUUCAAAAUCUCAGCAUGCAGACAACUGAUCAAAACUGGGUUCCAUGUUUACAUGAUGAAACUGAGAAACUGUUUCGUAAGUUAAUCCGAUUGGACAACCUUUUUGCCUAUUGGAAUGUGAAAUCUCAGUUGUUUUACCUUAAUGAUUAUGAUGAAUCAUUGGACAGCUUGAAGAAGGGCAUUGUCUAUCGAAAUAUUGUUCCAGAAGGUUAUGAUUUUGUGUUUCGCCCCAUAUCUGCUAAUGCCAAACUUCAGAUGAAUCGGCGAUCAGAUUUUGACUUCUCUGCCCCCAAGAUAAACCUGGAAGUUGAGUUACAUGACAUAGCAAUUGAAUUUAAUAAACCACAGUAUUUCAGUGUUAUGGAGCUUCUUGAAUCAAUUGAUAUGAUGACGCAAAAUCUGCCAUACAGGAAAUUCAAACCUGAUGUACCUCUUCACUAUCAUGCCAGAGACUGGUGGGCUUAUGCUAUACAUGGUAUUCUUGAAGUAAAUGUCUGCCCCCGGUUACGGAUGUGGUCAUGGAAGCAUAUUAGAGAACACAGGCAAAAAAUGAAGCAGUAUAAAGAACUGUAUAAAAAAAAGAUAACAACUAAGAAGCCAGCUGGUGAAAUUCUCAUCUCUUUGGAGGAGUUGGAAAAGACCUUGGAUGUAUUUAAUAUAACUAUAUCAAGACAACAGGCAGAAGUUGAGGUAAAGAAAGCUGGAUAUAGGAUUUUCAGGGAAGGAGCAAAAGAUUCAGAGGAAAACAAAGGAUGGUUUAGCUGGCUGUGGACUUGGUCAGAACCAAAAAGUAAAGAACAACCAGAUGUUAAGCCUGGAAUUCUUGAAGAAAUGUUGACAUCUGAAGAAAAAGCUUUACUCUAUGAAGCAAUUGGCUAUAGUGAAACAGCAGUUGAUCCAACCUUGCCAAAAACAUUUGAAGCCAUGAAGUUCUUUGUUCACUUGAAAAGUAUGUCUUUUGUUCUAAGAGAAAAACGAGGGACGCCUGAGCUGUUAGAUAUUGUAGUAGAAGAAUUUAGCACUUUGAUUGUGCAAAGACCAGGAGCACAAGCCAUUAAAUUUGAAACCAAAAUUGAUUCAUUUCAUGUUACUGGCUUACCAGAUAAUUCGACAAAACCCCGCCUCCUGUCUUCAUUGGAUGAUGCUGCAUCACUCUUCCAAAUUAUAUUUGAGAUAAAUCCUUUAGAUGAAACUGUUGCUCAGAGGUGUAUCAUAGAAGCUGAACCUUUAGAAAUGAUAUAUGAUGCAAGAACAGUAAAUAGUAUAGUGGACUUCUUCAGACCUCCAAAAGAGGUAAAUCUAGCACAGCUCACAUCAGCGACUUUGACAAAACUUGAAGAAUUUCGUGACAAGACAGCAACAGGUCUACUGUAUAUUAUUGAAACACAGAAAGUUCUUGAUCUCAAAAUUAAUUUGAAGGCUUCAUAUGUUAUUAUCCCACAAGAUGGAAUUUUUAGCCCUACAUCAAAUCUUCUUCUUUUGGAUCUUGGUCAUCUAAAGGUGACAAGUAAAAGUCGUUCGGAAUUGCCAGAUAUGAAAGCAGGUGGGGCCAGUCUUGAAGAGAUCAUGCAGAGAGCUUACGAUUCCUUUGACGUUCAGCUUACCAGCAUACAGCUGCUUUACAGCACAGUUGGUGAUAAUUGGAGAGAAGCACGAAAACUCAAUGUAUCUACACAGCAUGUUUUGGUACCUAUGCACUUUAAUGUGGAGCUCUCGAAGGCCAUGGUUUUCAUGGAUAUAAGGAUGCCCAAAUUCAAGAUUUUUGGAAAGUUACCGCUGAUUUCUCUACGAAUCUCAGAUAAAAAACUGCAAGGAAUUCUGGAAUUGAUUGAAAGCAUUCCGAAACCCACACCUGCAACUGAAACAUAUGCCCCUGCCAAACCAUUUCAGAUGCAAAGGUCCACCUCUGUGGGAACAACACAGAUUUCACAGAAAAUGCUUCCUUUCUUGGAACUUCCAUGUGUUGAUGAUGAUUCAGAGGAAGAAUUUUUUGAUGCACCAUGUAGUCCCUUGGAUGAACCUCCUCAAUCUCCCUUUGAAUUUCAAAGUUAUCAGCCGAAGAAGUUUCAAAAGCUGUAUUGUUCAAAAAAUAUGAUUCAGUGUAAAAUAAGAUUUGAAGUGCCAGAGGUUUUGAUUCAGUUUUAUCACCUUGUUGGAGAUUGUGAACUACCUGUGGUAGAGGUUGAUGUUUUAGGGUUGGGCACAGAUGUGGAAUUUAGAACAUUUGAUUUGAAAGCAAAUGCCUUUUUGAAAGAGUUCUGCCUAAAAUGCCCAGAAUACUUUGGUGCAAACAAGAAACCAAUUUAUUUGAUUACAACACUGGAUAAUACUAUGGAAGAUCUGCUAACCUUGGAAUAUGUGAAGGCUGAAAAGAAUCUACCCAACUUGAAAAGUGCUUACAACAAUGCUCUGCAACUGAUUAAGGUGAAUUUUUCCUCUUUGGAUAUUCAUUUACAUACCGAAGCACUUCUGAAUACAAUAAAUUAUUUUAAUAAUAUACUUCCACAAUUGGAAGAAAAACCGGCCCCAGUGUCUGUUGCAGAGACUGAAGACAAAGGAGAGGUCAUUAAAAAAAUGUCUUUAAAACUAUCCAAGAACGAGGAUAUUAUUACCUUGCAGAUUUUAGCAGAAUUAUCUUGUUUACAGAUCUUUAUUCAAGAUCAGAAACGUAACAUUGCUGAAAUUAAGAUUGAAGGGCUUGAUUCUGAGAUCAUUAUGAGGCCUGCUGCCACUGAAAUAAAUGCAAAGCUAAGGAAUAUAAUUGUUUUGGAUUCUGAUAAGACAGCUGUGUACAAAAAGGCUGUUUACAUCACUGGAAAAGAAGUGUUUAGCUUCAAAAUGAUUUCUUUUGUGGAUGCAACUGCUGGUUCGGCAUACACAGAUAUGAAUGUGGUUGACAUUCAAGUUAAUUUAACUGUUGGUUGCAUUAAAGUAGUUUUUGUCACAAAAUUUCUUUAUUCUAUAUUGGCUUUUAUAGAUAAUUUUCAAGCGGCUAAACAAGCCUUGGCUGAGGCUACUGCUCAGGCAGCAGGAAUGGCUGCUACUGGUGUAAAAGAAUUGGCACAGAGGAGUUCUAGAAUGGCAUUGGAUGUUAACAUCAAAGCCCCAGUGGUGGUCAUCCCACAGUCUUCAGUUUCUGAAAAUGUUUUUGUGGCUGAUUUUGGACUAAUAACAAUGACAAACACAUUCCAUAUAAUAGCAGAGAGCCAGAGUAACCCCCCGCCUGUCAUUGAUCUGGUAACAAUAAGGCUGAGUGAAAUGCGGCUCUACAGGACUCAAUUUAUUGAUGAUGCAUACCAGGAAGUACUAGAUCUGCUAUUACCAUUAAAUCUUGAGGUGAUUGUUGAGCGAAAUUUAUCUUGGGAGUGGUACCAGGAAGUUCCUUGUUUUAAUAUAAAUGCUCAGCUAAAGCCCAUGGAGUUCAUUCUUAGUCAAGAAGAUAUGACAACUAUUUUUAAAACAUUAUAUGGCAAUAUUUGGUACGAAGAAGGUGGUGGUGCCUCACCUGCAGGAGUAAAAGAACAGAAUAGUGUUAAUAGUGGGGCUACUAAUGCUUCACACCAUUUAGAAGGAACAACUGUAGUGACUGCUGCUGUGGUAGAAAUCCAUUCACAGGCCUCUCAAGUUAAGACAACACUGAAUAUGAGCUUCAGAACCGACUAUCUCACCAUGGUCCUAUACAGUCCGGGUCCCGACCAGACUUCCUUUAUAGAUGUUCGUGAUCCUUCUCUGAAACUUGCUGAAUUUAAGUUGGAGAAUAUCAUAAGCACUGCAAAAAUGUAUACAGAUGACUCAACAUUUUCUUCCUUUUCAUUAAAAAACUGUAUUUUAGAUGAUAAAAGGCCUCAUGUCAAGAAGGCAACUCCUAGAAUGAUAGGACUGACAGUUGGGUUUGACAAAAAGGACAUGAUGGAUGUAAAGUACAGAAAAGUCAGAGAUGGUUGGACAACUGAUUUAGUCCUUCAAGAGAUGUAUAUUUGUGCAAGUGUGGAAUUUCUGCUGACAGUUGCAAAUGUCUUUCUUGAGGCCUACACCACAGGCACUGCUGUAGAAACCAGUGUUCAAACAUGGACUGCUAAGGAAGAAGUACCUGUACAGGAAUCAGACAAAUGGGAAGUUAAUAUUAUCAUUAAAAAUCCCGAAAUUGUGUUUGUGGCUGAUAUGACAAGAAGUGAUGCUCCUGCCUUAGUCCUUACAACACAAUGUGAAAUUUGUUGGAAAGGUGACCUUGAGAACAAUACAAUGACUGCUGCCAUUAAAGAUCUUCAAGUGAGAGCAUGCCCAUUCCUUCCAGUCAAGAGAAAAGGCAAAAUCACUACGGUUUUGCAGCCCUGUGACUUGUUCUAUCAAGCUACUCAAAUAAGUACAGAUCCACAAGUGAUUGAUAUAUCAGUAAAGUCCCUCACACUAAAGGUUUCUCCAGUUAUCAUAAAUACUGUGAUUACCAUAACAUCAGCACUUUAUACAUCCAAGGAUACCAGCCCACCAGAAACUACUUCUUCUGCAGCUCAUUUAUGGGAAAAGAAGGAUACGAAGAAUUUAAAAAUGUGGUUUCUUGAAGAACCAAAUGAAAUUGAAAACAAAGCUCCCACAACUGAAUUGGUACUCAAAGGAGAGAUGAUAAAAGUGAACGUUGAUUCUAUUUUUAUAGUUCUUGAAGCUGGAAUUGGUCAUAGAACAGUGCCUAUGCUGUUGGCAAAGUCACGUUUUUCAGGGGAAGGGAAAAACUGGAGUUCCUUGAUAAAUCUCUACUGUCAGCUUGAACUAGAAGUGCAUUAUUACAAUGAAAUGUUUGGUGUUUGGGAGCCUUUGCUUGAACCCUUAGAAAUUGAUCAGACUGAGGAUUUUAGACCAUGGAAUCUUGGAAUCAAGAUGAAAAAGAAAGCAAAAAAGGCCAUUGUUGAGUCAGAUACUGAAGAAGAAAAUUACAAAGUGCCAGAAUAUAAAACUGUUAUAACUUUCCAUUCAAAAGACCAGCUAAACAUUACAUUAUCCAAAUGUGGCCUUGUAAUGUUAAAUAAUUUAGCCAAGGCAUUUACAGAAGCUGCCACUGGAGCUUCAACUGUCUUCAUACGGGAUCUAGCGCCAUUUAUGAUUUUAAAUUCUCUUGGACUUACUGUCUCUGUUUCACCAAGUGAUUCAUUCAGUGUACUUAACGUUCCAUUGGCAAAGUCAUAUGUAUUGAAAAAUGAGGAGAGUUUAAGUAUGGACUAUGUGGGAACUAAAGACAAUGAUCAUUUCAAUGCAAUGACCAGCCUAAGCAGUAAACUCUUCUUCAUCCUUCUCACACCUGCUAACCACUCUACUGCUGAUAAAAUUCCUUUAACAAGAGUGGGACGACGACUGUACACUGUAAGACACAGAGUGUCUGGAGUUGAAAGAUCUAUUGUUUGUCAAGUCGAUGGAGUGGAAGGAAGUAAGAAGAUAACAGUUCGCUCCCCAGUGCAGAUUAAAAAUCAUUUUUCAAUCCCACUUUGUGUUUAUGAAGGGAACACUUUAUUGGGAACGGCUUCACCUGGAAGUGAAUUCAACCUACCAUUAACAUCUUACCGAUCACCCCUUUCUCUGAAGCCAGAAGAUGAGGACUAUCAAGGGUGUGAAAGAAUUGACUUUGAAGAAAUUAUAAAAAAUGAUGGCACUUUUCUAAAGAGGAAAUGUAGAUCUAAAAAUGCUGCUAAGAAACCAUUUAUCAUUCAUGUUGUCCCAGAAAAAGAUGAUUUGGCUUCUCUGUCAGUGUAUUCAGAAGAUGGCUGGGACUUACCAUACAUAAUGCAUUUGUGGCCACCUAUCCUGCUCCGAAAUCUUCUUCCUUAUAAAAUUGCUUAUUAUAUAGAGGGGAUUGAACAUAAAGUUUAUACUCUAAAUGAAGGACAUUCAGCCCAUAUUUGUACUGUGCAGUUGGAAAAAGCCAAACUACAUUUAAAAUUACUUGACUAUCUUAAUCAUGAUUGGAAAAGUGAAUAUUAUAUAAAACCUAACCAGCAAGAUAUUAGUUUCAUCAAUUUUACUUGUGUUACGGAAAUAGAAAAGACUGAUUUAGAUAUUGCUAUCCAUAUGACUUAUAAUACCGGCCAGACAGUUGUGGCAUUUCAUAGUCCUUACUGGAUGGUCAAUAAAACCAGUCGGAUGUUACAGUACAAGGCAGAUGGAAUUCACCGAAAGCAUCCACCUAAUUAUAAGAAGCCAAUUCUGUUUUCUUUUCAACCAAAGCACUUUUUUAAUAAUAAUAAGGUUCAGCUUAUGGUAACUGAUAGUGAAUUGUCAGAUCAGUUUUCAAUUGAUACUGUUGGUAGUCAUGGAGCUGUUAAAUGUAAAGGCCUGAAAAUGGACUAUCAAGUUGGUGUCACUAUAGACCUCAGCAGUUUUAACAUUACCAGAAUUGUGACAUUUACUCCUUUUUACAUGAUUGAAAACAAAAGCAAAUAUCAUAUAUCAGUGGCUGAACAGGGAAAUGAUAAAUGGCUCUCUCUUGAUUUGGAGCAGUGUAUCCCCUUUUGGCCAGAGGAUGCUUCUAAUGCACUUCUUAUUCAAGUUGAAAGAAAUCAAGGCCCUCCCAAAAAGAUACAUUUUAACAAGCAAGCAAAUUGUAUUUUAUUGCGUCUGGAUAAUGAGCUUGGAGGUAUUAUAGCAGAAGUUAGUUUGGCUGAGCAUUCUACGGUUAUUACAUUUUCAGAUUAUCAUGAUGGAGCAGCUCCCUUCCUAUUAAUAAAUCACACUAAGAGUGACAUUGUUCAGUACAAUCAAAGUUCCCUCAGUGAAAUAGAAGAUUCCCUCCCUCCCGGAAAAGCAGUAUUUUAUACUUGGGCUGAUCCAGUGGGCUCUAGAAAGCUGAAGUGGAGAUGUGGAAAAAGCCAUGGUGAAGUAACACAAAAGGAUGAUAUGAUGACACCUAUAAAUUCAGGGAAAAAGACGAUUUAUUUAGUUUCAUUCUUUGAAGGCUUACAGCGCAUUAUUUUAUUCACUGAAGAUCCAAGGGUAUUCAAAGCAACAUAUGAAAGUGAGAAAGCAGAGUUAGCAGAGCAAGAAAUUGUGUUGGCCUUACAAGAUGUUGGAAUUUCUCUCGUCAACAACUACACAAAGCAGGAGGUAGCCUAUAUUGGCAUUACAAGUUCUGAUGUGGUUUGGGAGACAAAGCCCAAGAAGAAGGCAAGAUGGAAGCCAAUGAGUGUAAAGCACACUGAGAAGUUAGAGAAAGAAUUUAAGGAAUAUACUGAAUCUUCACCUGCAGAAGAUAAGGUUAUCGAAUUGGACACUAACAUUCCGGUUCGCUUCACACCUAGUGGUACUAACAUGAAAAUUCUGCAGCCACAUGUAAUAGCUGUAAGAAGAAAUUAUCUUCCAGCAUUAAAAGUAGAAUAUAGCACAUCUGCACAUCAGUCAUCAUUUAGAAUUCAAGUUUACAGAAUACAGAUCCAAAACCAGAUACAUGGUGCUAUAUUUCCAUUUGUGUUUUAUCCAAUUAAACCUCCCAAGUCGGUCACCAUGGAUUCAGCUCCAAAGCCCUUUACAGAUGUCAGUAUUGUCGUGAGAUCUGCAGGGCAUUCCCAGAUAUCACGUAUUAAGUAUUUCAAGGUGUUGAUCCAAGAAAUGGACCUCAGGUUAGAUCUUGGAUUUGUCUAUGCUUUAGCAGAACUUAUGACAGAAGCCGAAGUGACUGAAAAAACUGAGGUUGAACUUUUUCAUAAAGAUAUAGAAGCUUUCCAGGAAGAAUAUAAAACAGCUUCAUUAGCAGAUUCAUCACAAGUCAGUCUCUAUGAAUACUUCCAUAUAUCUCCUAUCAAGUUGCAUUUAAGUGUUUCACUGAGGUCGGGCAGAGAAGAAGCUAAAGAUUCAGAACAACAGGAAGGACUCGUGGCCGUUCGCUCUUUAAAUCUUCUCCUGAAGAGUAUUGGUGCCACCCUUACCGAUGUACAAGAUGUAGUUUUUAAGCUUGCAUUUUUUGAGCUGAACUAUCAGUUCCAUACAGCAUCUGAACUACAGUCUGAAGUAAUAAGACACUAUUCGAAACAGGCCAUUAAGCAAAUGUAUGUACUCAUUCUUGGACUUGAAGUUUUGGGAAAUCCCUUUGGCUUGAUUAGAGAAUUUUCUGAAGGUGUGGAAGCAUUUUUUUAUGAACCGUACCAGGGAGCCAUCCAGGGUCCCGAAGAGUUUGUGGAGGGGAUGGCACUAGGACUGAAGGCAUUAGUUGGUGGAGCUGUUGGUGGAUUAGCCGGUGCUGCCUCCAAAAUCACCAAUGCUAUGGCUAAAGGGGUGGCAGCUAUGACCAUGGAUGAAGACUACCAGCAGAAGAGGAGAGAAGCCAUGAAUAGGCAGCCAGCCGGUCUUAGAGAAGGCAUCACUCGUGGAGGAAAAGGCUUAGUUUCUGGUUUUGUAAGUGGCAUAACAGGAAUUGUUACAAAACCGAUCAAAGGAGCUCAAAAAGAAGGAGCAGCUGGUUUCUUUAAAGGUGUUGGGAAGGGUUUAGUUGGAGCAGUGGCAAGGCCAACUGGAGGCAUCAUAGACAUGGCCAGCAGUACAUUUCAGGGAAUAAAAAGAGCUACAGAGACUUCUGAUGAAGUGGAGAGCCUGCGGCCCCCGCGAUUCUUUAAUGAGGAUGGAGUCAUCAGACCUUACAGGUUGAGGGAUGGGACUGGAAACCAGAUGUUACAGGUCAUGGAAAAUGGAAGAUUUGCAAAAUAUAAGUAUUUUACCCAUGUCAUGAUCAAUAAAACAGAUAUGCUAAUGAUAACUAAAAGUGGUGUAUUGUUUGUAACAAAAGGAACAUUUGGACAGCUUACCUGUGAGUGGCAGUAUAGUUUUGAUGAGUUUACCAAAGAGCCAUUCAUUGUUCAUGGGAGAAGAUUACGCAUUGAAGCAAAGGAGCGGGUGAAGUCUGUGUUUCAUGCCAAGGAGUUUGGAAAAAUAAUUAACUUCAAGACCCCAGAGGAUGCUAGGUGGAUCCUCACAAAACUAGAAGAGGCAAGAGAACCUUCCCCGAGAUUCUGAUGGAGAACACUGCCUGAAGAGACACAGCAAUAAAUUAUUAGAGUUUCAACCUUGUACCUUCCACAACCAGUUUGGGAAGUAUAGUACAGAAGUAAUUUCAAGUACUAAAGAAAUUUAAAAAAAAAACAAACAUACACACAAAAUCGGUUACAAUCAGGUAAAACAAUCAUGUGAUUAAAAUAUUUCAACUCAGUGGGGAUCCAGUUGGUUUUCUAACUUGAAUCAUGCAUCUAGUUAAAAUUCUUCUACUUUAUAAAAGAAGCAUUUCUUUUAUGAAUCUUAAAUAUUUGCUCCAAGGGGUUCUCUGCAGUGUGGAGAAAUUGCCCAUAUUUUGCACCCCGCCCCCCAUGGAGCUAAGGUUAAUGUUCCUGGUUUGUAUUUUAAACUUCUAUCAUGCUUAUUUCAGACUCCCUGAAUCAGUGACAGGAAAAUGAUCAAAUCAAACGUAGCCUCAAUGGUAUCAAGAGAACCUUAGUGGUGGUUUCUUUAGAAACGUGAAAUUCUUUUUACAGAUAAAUAUUUUGGUAUUAUUUUCCUUAUUUUUUUAUAAAGGAUGGGUUUGAAUUAUACUUCCAUAGCAUGACUAUGAAAACAACCUUUUUUAAUAUAAAACAGAUUGAAUAAUACCCCUUCAAGCUUCAUCUUAAGAAAGGCUGGAAGAAAUGAGUGUCAGACCCAAAAAGGAAGAGCCCCUUUCAGAACUUUGAAGCCUUAGAAAUACUUCCUCUUGCCAACAUCAUGGGAUCUACUUGGUUUACCCAAGUCACGUUUUUAACAGAUUGCUGACUUUAAUGGAAAAUUCCUGAAGCCUUAAUAAUACCAACUCUCCAUUCACUGAUAGUGUGAAAUAGAAUUCCCACCAUCUGACACACAAGUUAUGCUUCAGAACAGACAGCCCUUCUUGUAAGUAAAUGUCUCUACCCUGAAGAGUCAAUUACCUGUUUUGUUGACAGAAGAUUGGGAAUUGCUGCUGUGCUUUCUCUACAGUUAUUUAAAUGAGAAUCACUUUUGAAAGCUUGUCAGGACAGAAAUCAUGGGCUAUGCAUUCGUUAAAAAAAGGCCACGGGUUUUUUUUUCUUGGUUUUUGUCCAAGAUCCUUGUACCUUAAUAUUAAUGGACUUUUUCAAGUAAAAGGGGAUGAAUAUAUGAUUGUGAAACCAUGAAGAGAAUGAUCCAGUGUCUUAUUUUGUUAUCGAAUAAUGCAGAGUAUUUGAUGCAUGUCGUAUGUGCCAUGAAAUUAUUAUAAACUGUUUCUGGGAUUGGAGACUCUGUAUAGUCAGUGAUUGUGAAAUUCUUCUCAGGGUCUUCAAACCCUUGCUUUGUUGUAAAAGCUAAAAUAAACAGCAUGCCAGAC